AGUCUCUCCGACCCGAAGCUUCUCAACAACGACAACGGCGUCAAAUUCGACGGCAACCACGACAACUACAAACUACCAACGACCAACCAUUACUAACCAUCCACCAUCGCGAGUCUCCAUUUAUAUUAAUACAAAGCUGCGAAAAAAUUUUAACGUCUAUCACCACCAUUAUCAUCACCAUCACCAAAACUGAUAUAUAUUUUAUCCCACGGCUGCAAUUGAUUCAGUAAAUCAAGAUGAGUGACAGUUAUAAUCGCGAUUAUAAUAACAGAAGGAGACGUAGCGACAGUGGAAGUGGUGGAGGAGGUGGCAGUACCAGUGGAGGUGGUGGAGGAAGCACCAGAGGUGGUGCUGGAAGCACCAGCGGGGGUGGCGGAAGCCGCCGUGGAUUUGGAGGUGGCGGAGGGGGAGGGGGUGGAGGUGGUGGUGGCGGAGGAUACAGAGGAUAUGGAAACCGCAAAUAUGGAAGUGACAGUAGAGAUAGACGUAAUGGUGGUGGAUAUCAGCGUAAAGAAUGGAGUAACUCAUAUCGCGAUAGUCGCGGAAGAGAUGGUUCACGUAGUAAUGGUUCUUAUUAUGGGAGUCAUGACAGACAGAGCACAACUGUCAUGCAUAUUCAGCAACAACAUGUUGGUAAGAUUAUUGGACGUGGGGGAUCUAAUAUUAAAGAUCUUCAAGCUCAGAGUAAUGCUCGCAUUAAUAUCGAUAAAUCUGGGUACAGAGACGGUAUCCCCGUAACAAUAACAGGAUCACCAGAGGCUCGGCAAAAAGCUAAACAUCUUAUUGAAGAUGUCAUUAACGAUAGAUCAUCAUCAUACGGCUCUGGACAAAAUGAUCGCGGGUCAUCUUACAGUUCACGUCGAAGUGAUCGAGGGCCUUAUUAAUCCCCGUCAUUUUCAUUAUUAAAAAAAAGAUUUAAAGAUAAUUGUGUGAAAAAAAAACCACGAGGAAAUUUUUAAGAUAAAUUCCUCAUCAAUUAUUUGCGUGAAUCUUUUACAGUAAUGAUGAUAAGCUAAAAUUAUAAUUUUUAUUAUUAAUAUCAAGAAAAAAUAAGUACAGGAAAAAAAAAUAAAAAAUAAUAAAACUCAUAAUACAAUCCAAUUGAAAUAAGAAUUUUUAAAAUAGUGGUAACGUUUUGUUAACGAUCAUUUAAACUCCGUGGAUAGAAAAAUAAUAAUUUAUGAUAACUACACGUGUGUAAUUUCCUAUUUUGUUUUUCAAAACAAUGAUACUGUAUGUCAAAUAUGUUGUAAUAAUUAUAUUUUUUUUUCUCAAUUCAAUAAAUUUAGAAAUAUAUGUAUAUCGAUUAUAAAUUAAUAUUAUAUCUACUUGACUAUUCAAUUAUAAAUCAUAAAUUAUAAGAAACUUUUAAUAAUUAGACUAUAAUUUUUUUUUAAACUCAAGUAGUUAUCAGUAAUACGUUGAAUAUAUAUUUAUAUAUUUUUUUUAAUCAACGGCUACGAUAAAGAAUAUCUUUUAGGUCAUCUACCAGUUAUCCAAAUAAAUAACUUGAAUCUCGUAUUACAAUAUUCGUAUUGUUCUUCAACUCAUUUUAUUGUCUUGAGAUUUAGUUUUUUUAUCCUCCAUUUAAAAAAUAAAUUUUGAGGACAAACACAUGGCAACAUGUAAUUCAAAGUGCCCUGAGGCUUUUUGAUAUAAAAAAAUUAAUUACCGCAUAGAAAAUUACUGUCGGAAUGAGCGACGACCUGAGCGCUGAGAGCUGAUUUUAUUGAAGCUUUUAAAAAAACUGAUUUACUUUUUAAUAAUUAAAAGUAUUUAAGUGUUUGUCUUAAUGACCUCUAAUUUUUUUUUAAAUUUGAAAUUCAACUUAUGAUACAAUUGAUAUUUAAACACUUGAUAAAAAAUAAAUCAACCUAUCAAUUUCCAGUGUAAAAAUUCAAUUUUAAAUAAAUAAAAUAAAAUACUAAG